AUGGGAGUCAAGGGCUUGACCUCGUACGUUGAACAGAUCCGCUCUGCGGUUUCUGAGCAGGUGACCAUUCCCGUGAAGGGCGCUGCCGAUGCAGCUUCGAGCUCGUCAAACGCUUUCACCACUGGUGGGCCCUUCGUUAUUGACGGUUGGGCGUGGAUCUUCCGCAUCUAUCUCGACUUUUUCACCGAAUCUGUUCGCGGUGGCGAGUACAUCGGCUAUACUUUGCACGUCCGUCGAGUCGUGAAUGCAUUGCGACAGGCAGGUCUCGAGCCUAUCUUUAUCUUUGAUGGCCCUAAUCUUCCACUUAAGAUCCCAACAGUGCUGUCACGUCUAGGAGAGAGCGCGUCCAACAACUCGGCGUUCAUGCGCUCAUCGUGGCGUCUUAAGCCCAGCUUUCAGGCUUCAAUGGGUGUCUUUCCUCCGCUUCUUUACGAUUGUACGCUCGAAGCGCUUCGCCAGUGCAAUGUCAAGGUUGUAAUCGAAGAGAUCGAAGCAGACGGUCCUGUGGCCCAGCUUGCGAACGAUCUGGGUGGCUGGGCAGUCAGUAAUGACUCUGACUUUUUCAUUCUUUGUGCUCGAUCCUCUCACUGUCGCGGCUACGUGCCCCUCAAUACGAUCGAGUACCUCGUGCAGCUCAAGGCGCACCCUCACGCCCCGCAAUCGGUUGCUGUCGCUAGUGGCGCUUUCGAGGACGAUGGGUUCGAACAAGUUGGAAAAGGUGGAAAGGCAAAAGGAAGAAGAGGAGGAAAAGGCGCACCAGCUCUGGUUGCAUCAGCUCAGACCCUUGACAGACCUCCACUAGACGCCAAAGAAGGCACGCUCACAGCCAUUCGCUUUACCUCUUACUCUUCACCAAAGCUGGCCGCUGCUCUCGGCAUUCCCACAUCUAUGCUCCCACUCUUAGCAGCGCUGGUGGGCAACGACUACACAGCCAGAAUUCAGAAGCGUAUCCUCGAUCCAGCGCUUCCACAUGGUCUUCAGCGUAUCACUUUCAUUGCCAAUGUCAUCAAGACAGAGAGCUUACGCAUGGCAUCCAACGGAAACCGCACGCCUGCUCUCAAGCUUGGCACUUCCGGCACCGCCACACCUCUAGCAAAUCGUACGGGUCUUGGCCGUACAGGUUCAGGCUGGGGGACGUUGCCUGCUCGUGCAAACGGCUCAUCACCCAUGACCUCGGCCACAGCUACACCGAUGGGCGAUUCAAUGCAUCCCAAGCUCGACGAAGCUCUUGCUGCCCUUGCGUUGAACGAUCCGGUGCGCUUCAUGGUCGAACGUGUCAUUGAGCGCAUCUUGGCUGGCAUAGCACAGAAUACACGAGAAGCGUACAUGACUUCUGGAGAGCAAUCGGAUCUUGUUGACGCUAUCAUUGAUUCGAUCUGCACUUACUCAUUGCUCAGCGACCCUGCCGCGAUUCAUCGUUCCACGCCGUCCUCCGAAUUCUUCGCCGACUCGACGGGUGCAACUACCAAAUUGCAAUCUCGCAAAGACCUGCGGAAGUACCGCGCUGCUUAUAAGGACGGCUUCUUCGAUCGUAUACUGGUGGAAACGCUAACGCAACGAUAUUGUCUGAAUCGAAUGGCACCUGAGGAUCCAGAUCAAAAGUCGAUCCAAUCGACACACGCUCGUGAUCUCCGAAACUGGACUUUUACCACCCUCUUCUCGACAUGGGGUAUGGACUGGGCACGCGAUACUCUAGAAGAGCCAUCGCCGCCCACUUUAGACGAAGAUGAAGAGGACACAAAUGUACACUCACGCGCAAUACCCAUCUUGGCGGGUCCUGGGCCGAACAAGGUGAACUGGGACGAGGAGGGUGAUCCAGAAGAACUCAUUCCGGUACAGACGCCAUCGUCAUCAUUUGGCAGCUCGAUGUAUGCCGACGAAGAAGUCCAAGAGGACCAAGAGAAUGACGAGGUGCGCUCAAGGGCUGGUUCUGCAGCAGACUUAUUGGAUCUAGAUGAGGAAGAGCAGGGAUUCAAACCAGCACCUGCUGUGAUGGACUACAGUCGCAAAGGCGAUCGAUAUGUUGCAGAGCAAUGCCCCAUUCUAACGCUGGAUACGCUGAUCGCGAGGCAGCGAGACCAGUUUGGCAUCGAGCCGCCGCAGGUACUGAUCAAGUAUCUGCGGGUCUAG